UAAAAAAAGGAAAAAGAAGAAGAAACAUGUUUUGAUGUUUAUUAAUGUUUAUUUUCUCUAAUAUUCAGAAUAUUCUCUCUGUAUUCUGUCUUUAUUUUGUUAUAUGCUAUAUAAUGUGUGAUAAAUAAUAUUAUAUGAAAACAAUUCUUGCGAUGAAUCACUUAUUUGAAAAGAUAGAAAAUUUAACACAUGAAGAUGGUCAGAGGCAAUUCCUUAAAUCAUUACUUAUAAGUAAUCACGAAAAUGGCAAUGAAAACUACCAGCAAUUGUCUUAUAAUACUUUCCAAUUGCAAAUUUCGUUUCUAAGAAAUAUUAUCAAACAAAUAGAUGAUUUAUCAAAUAUUUUAAAAGCUGACGAGACAAUUUUAGUAAGUGUUAAAAAUCAGAAACUUCUACAGGGAUGUUACCAAUUAAUUAUAUCUUUAGGCACAUCACAGUGCUUAAUUCCAGGUUUAGGUGUUAAUUUAUCAAAGAGAUGUCUAUCGGCUACGCUUUUGCCGACGCUAGAUCUUUAUGACAUGCAAAAAUAUGAAAUGCUGGUUGAAUGUACAGAUUUCUUAACUAGAAGCUAUACUAUCCCAGUUUUGAAAAAAAUAAUCAUAACAUUACAUUUAUCAGACUAUAUAGCUGCAUUAAUUCAACUGGCAUUUGCCCCUCUCAAGAAACCAGGCUCAUAUAGCAACUUCAUCAUGACUCCAGAUUUGUAUGAUAAACUCACUGAAGAUAGGGAAAAGUAUACUCUUAUAUAUGAACAUUUAGUUGUCAAUUGUUUUCAACCAACUCUAAUGAAAGAGCUAUUGGUACUACAAGGUGUGACUGAUCCAUCACCACCUGCAUUUGUUAAAAGAGUCAUUUCAAAAGAGAUGAGUAGGAGACUCCUUGCUCCUGGUGGCUUAUUAAGUUUAAUGAGAUGUUUUAUGGAAAGCUACAAUGCUGAUAUAGGCUUAGAUUGGAAAAAAAUUGAAAUGAUUGGGAAAAUAGUUGCAGUAAAACAUGGCACUAAUUCUGAUGUUUUUUAUCUGAAUAUAAUUUGUUCCCAAAUUACACAAAUACUGUCCUUAAAUAAUACACAUUAUUUAGCAACAGCUAUUGCAUGUGUUCUUAGUUUAAAUGAAAAAUACCCCCAAAUGGAACCAGUUAAAAUAAUGAUGAGGAACAUAUUUCAAGCAUUUGACUAUGACUACCUAAUUACAUCUUCCAACUUACCUGGAACUAUAGCUGUCACUACACAAGAAGUUGAUCACAAAGUAAACAUUUUGUGUGCUUGUAUGGACAUCACUAAUCUUAAUUGUCCUUAUAAACUAUUACUACCCAAUUUGUAUUUAUUAUUUAUGCUUGGAUUCAAAUGCACAAAGAGUGAAGGUUUGAAAAUGAAAAUUAAUAAUAUACUACUGAAAUGCUUACACCAGUUACAGAAGAAUGAGAUGACAAACUUAAUGAAAGUAUUUUUAUUUGGUAAAGCCUGUGAUGCAAUCAACCAUCUCCAAGUUGAAGAAUAUAAUUCAGGUUUGACAAUUAAGUAUGUCUCAACGCCUGUAACAUAUAAUAAAGAAGAAGCUCUUACAUAUUUUUUAUCUAUUUUAAAAACCUCAACUGUAACUCAUUUUAUACAAUAUGUUUUUGAAAUCUCUUUAGAAAUGAUUGUUGAUCUCAAUGAACAAAGGAGAAACUUUACAUCUAGACAGUCCUGUUUAACAGCAGAAAAAGAUGAUUUUAUUUCAUUCAACAAUAUGCAUGAACAAUAUGUUAUCAUUCUGCAAUUACUUUCUGAAUUAUCAACCUUACCUAAAAUUGUUUCAAUCCUUAAACAGAGCCCUUUGCCAGUCCUAAAAUUUAUUGAACACUUUAUUUUGAAACCGAAGAUUGGUGAUGAUGAAGAGUGUGUGACAAUCGCUUUGGUGUUAUUAAACACGAUUCUGUCUAAUUCUAAAAAUGUUAAUGAUACAGGUAAAACAUUUACAAAAUUAAUACCAGUAUUGAAAUCAAUGUCGAAGGAUGACAAUACUGUCAUUGGUUUAUUAUGCAAAGAAAGUUUGAAAUUAAUUACUUCAGACAAACAUGUGCAAUCCGAAACAGAAUAUGCAAAAGCCUUAUCUGAUGCUUUUGAUGAUUUAUUGCCAGUAAGAGCUCAUGGAUUAAUAGCAUUAACUAAACUUGUUGAGAUGAAAGAUGUGGAGACAAUAUCAAAGAAACAUUAUUUAUUUUGUCUAUACCAGGAACAACUGAAGGACAGAGAUUCAUAUAUUUACUUGUCGGCUAUAAAUGGUAUUGCCGCUCUUGGAAGCCAUUGUACAGAGGAUGUGUUACAUGUUCUGUGCAAAGAAUUUUUGCAAGUUAACACUGACUUAGGAAAUAUUCACGCAAAAGAUGCAGAAAAUAGAAUUUCUGAGUUAAGAAUGAAAAUUGGAGAUGUUAUUGUAAAGGUUACAAAGAAACUUGGUGAAAUGGCUAUAGUCCACAAAACCAUUCUGUUAAAUACUAUGCUUUGUGGGUGCAGAGAUGAAGAUCCACUCAUAAGAACUUCAGCUUUAUCAAACUUGGCUGAAAUAGCCCUAGUACUACAUUACAAAAUGGGUACAAUUAUUUACGAGGUUUUACAUUGUGUUUGGAGCAUUUUAGAAACUGAUAAAGCAAUAGAAUGCAGAAGAGCUGCAGUUCUAGUUAUAUCAAGCUUACUGAAAGGCCUUGGCAAAGAUGUUUUGAACGAGUUAAAAGAAAAUUUACUCCCUAUUUAUAGGACUAUGAAGAAGCUGUAUAGCGACGAUAAUGAAGAUUCAGUUUUAAGACUCCAUGCUCAAAUAGCGCUAGAGGAACUAAAUGAUAUUGUUAAUCAAUUUCUAUUUCCCGAACUUAAAAUGGAGAAACAACUAUAUGUUAUGAAUAAGCCAGAUGAUAUAUUUAAAUAAAAUACACAGUCAAUUGAUAUUUUUAUUCACUCUUACAACAAUGUUGAUUAUUCAAUUAAAAAUAAAUAAAUCCUUACUUAUAAAAUAUGUACAUAACUUAAUUUUGGUAUGGGUUGAAUUAUUUACCACAUAAUAUGUGUAUUAAGUACAUUUUUUAUAAGUACAAUCACACUAACCUAAUCACUUGCUACAUUUUGUAUGGCAAUCAUAGCAUUAUUAAUUGUGUUAAGUGCAAAAAAAGUACUGGCCACAUGUAUUGGUCAAAUUUGACUCUUGCUCGUUAUUUUGUUAAUGAUAAGGGAACAGAUUGAGGUCCUUUAUUUACCAGUGGCGUGUGUCCCAUAGACACGUGAAACACUGCGUAGCAAACCCUUGAUAAGUUUAUUUAGUUUAUGUAAGGUAGAAAGAGAUCAAUGGCGCAAUGUUUAACUGGCUUACAGCCGUACUCAGAAACAUCAGCUUAAUUUAACGCUUCAUUAAGUCAUGUGCUAUGUCAUUGUAUUGUUAUCGCAUAGAAAAUGACAGCAACAUCUUAAGUCAAACUUAAAAGUUGACUUCGCAGAGUGCAGUCUGCAAUAAGGUAUUUUAAGAAACUUAAACUAGAGAUCCAUGGUGCUUCGGAUGGCAGUUGAGUCGUUGAUCCCGGCUGCUGUAAUCAAGUCGUUACUUUAGCAUCCACCAUCUACCAAUCCGCAUUAGGUCCGUUUGGUGGGACAUGGCUACUGGCCUAUCCUCUAUUCCAUUCACAUGGAAGGUCUGUGCCCCAUACCAGAUAAAUGAUAUGAGAGAACUUAAAAACAAAGUCAUCUUCGUAAACAUACUCGUUCCUAAUCAACUAUUUUAUUGUUAAUUAAGCGUUAAACGGCAAGAUUUGAGCAUCAGCAUGUGGUGCGUCCGAGCCUGCCGCUACGCUAGCAUGGUGUAGGUAAUAAUUAUGAGAAAGACAGAAAAUAUAUUAUUCUCAAAGCAAAUUACAUUACUAAAUACGUAUGCAUAUAUUAUAUGUAUCAUAUAAAUGAAAUAGGUACUAUCAAUUAAGACCUAACCCUGUAGUGCUAAAGCAAACUUAAAAAAACUCCUAAAA